AGUUCGACCUCUCUUUUUCAGAGUCAGCUGAGCUUCUGUGAGCUCUAGCGUUUAGCUAGCUAGUCCCAUCUUUUUGACAAUCCAGGGCGCAACAGGUUUCUAGCUAACGUUAGCUAGCUGAUGCUAACUUAUUAUUAGCUAGCUUGUCAGCUGGUUAAUGAUUGCUAGGUUGUAUCAACAUAGUUUGAACAACUGCAUGUAGAAGACAUCACAGCUAAAUUACAUAUCCACAACUUCACAAGCAUACGGGGAGAACAACUAAAAACAGGAAGUCCUGUUGACAUCACUUCCUGUCUGCGGCGGCCAUGUCGUGCCGGGACAUCCACGCCACCAAUGCCUUCUCCUUCAUCAUCGCCUUCAUCUCCGUGGGCGGCAUCGCUGUGGCGGCGCUGAUCCCACAGUGGCGAGUGACACGACUUGUCACCUUCAACAAAAACGCCAAGAACAUCAGCGUCUAUGACGGCCUGUGGGCCAAGUGUGUGAAACAAGAUGGCUACUCUGGCUGCUACUACUAUGACUCAGAGUGGUAUUCUAAAGUGGACCAGUUGGACCUGAGACUGCUCCAGUUCUGCCUGCCGACUGGGCUACUGUUUGGCUCCCUGGCCCUGGUGCUGUGUAUGGCAGGCAUGUCUAAGACCUGCUGCUGCUCUGAUAAGGCUGAGACAGACAUCAAGAGUACCCGCUGUCUGGUCAACAGCGCAGGCUGCCACCUAGUGGCUGGGAUGUUCCUGUUCCUGGGCGGUGCUAUCGCCCUGGCGCCCUCCGUGUGGUUCCUGUUCCGGACCAAGGAGAUGAACAUCAAGUACGACCGCAUCUUCUCAGACGGGUUCGCGGUCUACGGGGCCAUCGGCUGUUCCGGCGGCCUCAUGCUCGCCGCCCUGCUGAUGUUCAUGUGGUACUGCAUGUGUAAGAAGCUACCCUCUCCCUUCUGGCUGCCUCUACCCACACUCCCUAACUCCCUCUCCACCCAGCCCCUCACAGCCAAUGGGUACCCCCCCUCCCCCGUCUACGGCCCCCCUCAGACCUUCCCUCCACAGGGGUACGUCCCCACUGUGAUGGAUGCCCAGCCCUACGCUCCCUCCCAGGGCUACCCUCAGAGCGUAGGCCACCGCUACUCCACACGCUCACGCAUGUCUGGCAUAGAGAUAGACAUCCCUGUUCUAACACAAGGCCUCUGAGGGAGGGAGGGCUGCUGCAAGAACACUGAGUCCUGGUUCCAUUUAGCUGUCCUGUCUCCUGUAAAGGGUGUGUACUGUUAGUGCAAUAUAAAUGAAGGAUAUGACUGUUGGUCAGUCUGCACUAGAAAUACAACUCUGCAUCACUCGACCAAGCACUGCACUGUUAGACACAGUUUAAUAUGCUGGCUCCACAUCUGGUGAAAGGACACCAGAGAUGCCCCAUAAUGAUGUCUGAAUUCACUGUUACGUUUUGAUUGAAAACAAUAUUUUCUAAUCGCACCUAUUUGUACAUCUCUUCUUAAUGUAAAUCUGCUUGAAACCUCAUAGCAUUUCUACAUUGUGUAUAUUGUGUUCACUAAUGUUUCAACUGCUAAGAAAUGAACUAAACUGUACUUUAACCGUGAGGUAACUUGAUGUAGUGAGGUAAAAGGGAGUGACAUUGACUGUGAUUGCUUUGAUGUGCCUGUUGUUUUAAUGUGUUGGUCUGUGAAGAAACACUACUGCUGUGCCUUGUUCAGAACAGCCAUAUUACAUUGCUUAGUUAUCCUG